AUAUGCUUAAACGUCUUUGGUCGCUGUUGACAUUCUAAACAAAGCAUUUCUCCUGUACGCCUUUAGCUUGUGGUGAUUCAGACAUGUCUGGAAGGGGGAAAACCGGAGGAAAGGCUCGGGCCAAAGCCAAGUCUCGUUCUUCCAGAGCCGGACUGCAGUUUCCAGUCGGUCGUGUCCACAGACUGUUACGCAAAGGGAACUACGCGGAGCGCGUAGGCGCGGGGGCUCCUGUGUAUCUGGCCGCAGUGCUGGAGUAUCUGACUGCUGAGAUCCUCGAGCUGGCUGGAAACGCAGCGAGAGACAACAAGAAGACUAGGAUCAUCCCCCGCCACCUGCAACUCGCCGUCCGCAACGACGAGGAGCUCAAUAAACUUUUAGGUGGUGUUACCAUCGCGCAGGGUGGAGUGCUGCCAAACAUCCAGGCUGUUCUCCUGCCCAAGAAAACCGAGAAGCCAGUCAAGAGCAAGUAAUCGGCUUUUGUGACCGAGGACAUUGACAUAACGGCUCUGUAAGGAGCCACCAUUUUGAGUCUGAGAAGUGUUUAUUGUUCUUACUCUUACGUUGCAUUGUGUUUGUUCUACGAAAACUAAAAGAUGCUUCGUGUAAAACUUUGAAUUUCUUUGCUGUUGUUGUUUCUUGGACGAUUCCGUGUGUAUUUGAGGGCAGAGAGCGACGAGGCUGACCACAGCAAGACGAGCACUAAAACCACCGCUGGCUAAAAAUGGCCGAGGGACUCGCUAAACUUGCCGUUUAAAAACAAAAGAGGCACUCUCCUCGGCGGACUGGAGAUCUAGUAGCCUGCACUCCUCAUUGUUUAUGGACCAAUGCUGGUUACGUCGUGUUUGUCUCGAGCUGUUAAUGACAUAUGAACCAUGUUUUAUUCUCUCAGCUGUUUUAACAGUUUGUUUCAAUAAAUGUUGAGCGCCUGAGUAAGGCACAAAGACA